AUGCAUCUCAAGAAAAAAUAAGAAGUAAGAUCAAACUGCAACUUAUACAAGGUACAAAAAUGGCAACACAAACCCCUUACUCAAAAAUCGAUCACCAACCCUUACUAGAUCAAAACGACGAUCUGGCAACUUCUUCUUCUACUUCUAUAAAAAUACUAUACGUUUUUCUCUCCUUUGCUGCAAUAAUCUCAGCAACUCUUGUUGCUUUCAACUUCUUUAGAAACUCAAAUGACAUUUCAUCGUCUUCAUUUGUUGUUCCUCUUCACGUAUGUGAUAGCGGGUUCCAUAGCAAAGCUUCAUGUCUUGCCAUGCUUAAUGAGUCAAUUAAUGGAGAUGAAUUAAUUGGAAAAUCAAGUGUACCAAGCAACUCUGAUUUUCUUCAAAUUUUCUUGAACAAAUCUGUUCCACGCAUCUCCAAUACUAUGGAAGUUGUUAACGGUUUUAACCGUUUUUCUAACGAUCUAAAAGAACAAGAAGCUCUAAGGAAUUGUAUCGAGUUAAUGGAUUCGUCUAUUGAUCGAAUCAAUGACUCAGUUGAGUCUCUUAGAGAAAACACCCAGUCAAAUCACGAAUCACUAGAUGAUGCCCAUACCUGGCUAAGUGCUGUUCUCACUAACCAUGUAACCUGCUUAGAUGGACUGAAUGAGGUGAGUGAACUCGGUUUGUCGGUCCGACUCCCCGUGGAAAUGGAAAUGAAAGACUUGAUAGCUAGAGCAAGAGUUUCCUUGGCCAUGAUUGCUGAGAUUUCAGCUUCUUCAAGUUCAUAUGAAGAUACUACCAGUUGGCUUGCGUCAAAAACCUUGCAGCUUCCAUCAUGGGUCACCAUGAGAGACCGAAAGCUUCUAGAAACUCCGUCAAACGCUGUGACGGCAAAUGUGGUGGUGGCGAAAGAUGGAAGUGGGAGAUUUAAGUCGGUGCAAGAAGCGGUCACAGCUGCACCGAAUAAUACUAAAACUCGGUACGUGAUUCACGUUAAAAAAGGUGUUUAUAAGGAGAAAGUUGAGAUAGGGAAAAAGAAGAUAAACUUGAUGAUUGUUGGUGAUGGCAUGGAUGCAACGGUCAUAACAGGAAGUCUCAACUUCAUUGAUGGAACGUCCACUUACAACUCCGCCACCGUUGUUGUUCAGGGUGAUGGAUUCAUAGCGCAAGACAUUUGUUUCCAAAACACAGCCGGCCCAGAAAAGCAUCAAGCAGUGGCAAUUCGAGUAGGAGCAGAUCAAACGGUUUUUAGUCGUUGCAAAUUUGACGCUUACCAAGAUACACUCUAUGCGCAUUCCCUUCGUCAAUUCUAUAGAGAUUGUUCAAUCAUGGGAACUGUUGAUUUCAUUUUUGGUAAUGCAGCCAUGGUCGUUCAAAACUCUAAGGUCAUAGCUAGAAAGCCCAUGAAAAAUCAAAAUAAUAUGUGUACCGCACAAGGGCGAACAGACCCGAACCAAAAUACCGGUACUUCGAUCCAGAACUGCAACGUUAUUGCGAGUUCGGAUUUAGAACCUGUAAAAGGUUCAUUCAAGACAUUUCUAGGGCGGCCAUGGAAGGCCUAUUCAAGAACUGUUUACAUGGAGUCAUUUCUUGGAGAUCUUAUCAAUCCAGCAGGAUGGGCUGAAUGGAACGCGUCAAACCCAUUUACAAAGACGUUGUUUUAUGGUGAGUAUGCAAACAGGGGACCUGGUGCCGGUACUGCUAAUAGGGUUAAAUGGCCUGGUUACCAUGUCAUAAAAAACCCGGCCGAAGCAGAGAAAUUUACAGUGGCUGAGUUGAUACAAGGAGGUGUUUGGUUGAAGAGUACCGGAGUUGCUUUUACUGAAGGGCUUUAAAAUACUCUCCUUGGUGGAAAUGUGCACUACGCCUACUUAUUUGUCAAGUCUGUGUAGGUCUUUUAUCUUAUAAUAAUGGGAGUGAUGAUUGAGCGGAGCUUGAUCAUUGGGUCUCUCCUAGCUAGCUAUCUCGUAUAUGAGAAGCCAAUGUGAUUCAGCUCUCACUUUUUGAUUGUUGGAUUUUAGUCAUUACACGCAUUCAGUCGAAUACCCAUCUUCUUAAAAAGUACAUUGAAAUUUCUUUUUA